UGCGCCACCUAUUCCCUCAAUUUAGAGUUCACCACCGUUCUUCCGUUCCAAAACCUCUCCACAUAAAUAACUUAUUGCCAGCUCAAUCUCAAGUAUACUUAAAAUAUAAAUAAACGAAUGUCCAAACUGUUCUUGUGUUAAAUGUUUUGGUAGUAUGAAACUUUACACUGCCAUGAUCGAAAAUGGCUACAGUCCAGAAACCACAAUUCUCUUUUUAUAUGUUAAUAUCUACUGAGUACCUAUCAAAUACACUGAAACUAAUUCAAUUAGACUAGUCAAAAUUUAUUAGGGGUCUUCUACAAUCAAAACAUAGAUGGAUGAUACCAACAUCCUUAUCAUAGUUCUUUCUGUGUCAAAGAAGUCGAUAUUAUUUACUCAAUAUAAAGUAUUGCUAUACGAAUAUAGUAUCUAAUUGAUCUUUGGAUUAUAUAUGCAUCAGCGAGAACACAUUCGACCUUAACCUGGCGAACACUUUUCAUUUACGUUGGAAGCGGUAUUUUAAAAUAACGUUGCUGAAAGAUGUGCAGCCCUUUGUAUGAUGUAUUGGAAUCCUAUGAAUCUGGGAAAGUCAAAAAGGGAUCUGUUCGAGUGAGUAAAUGGAUGGGUUACAGAAAUGAGAGUAUGACAUUUGAUGAAAUUAUGGAACAAGUUGAAGUUGCUUUCGCCGAAAAAUUUGGCUCAAAAGACUGCAAUAAAUAUCCAACUGUUGUGGAAAUCAGACCAAGUGGAGGACCUGCUUGCGAAUCAUUAUUCACGGUACUUCGGCACGUGACAGAUGAUCAGAUUGGCAUGAAAGCGUGUGGUGAAUCACCUCAUAUUUUCCAAAGCGAAUGGCCUAAUUUCUCUGUGUAUAUAAAACGUUUCCAUUUAAAAUCUAUUAAACAAGAUGAAUUUAUGGAUGAAACAAAGGAUUUUAUUGGACAAUUAUCAGAAGGUAAUUUUAACUAUAUGCCAGAACCGUAUUAUUGGAUUAUAUACGAUCCAUCAUUAAUGAAUGGUGAAGAUGGUAAUGCAGAGAUUUGGUUAAAAAUUGAAUAACACUAUAAUUGUCUACAAAUGUUUACUAUUGAGAAUUUUAUCACAUGUCUACCUUACAUGAGAAUAGAAUUUAAUGUAUCUAUUCAUUAAAUUCUGAAUUCAGCUUAAUUAUUUUGCCAUUCCUCUUUCAUUUAAUAUUCUCUUUUAUUGGUUGUCGGUAUAAAUAUAAACAUAGUUUCUCUUAUCUAUUUGUGCACUGGCUCUUCUAUUUUUUAACCACCAAAAUUUGUGUCUG